UUAUUUCAUGUUGUCGGAUUCAUAGUAUUAUACUGAAAUAACUUAUUUCAGAUCAUUCAAUAUGCUUCGGAUUCCUGAAGAAGAGUAUCCAGAAGACAAUAAAGCGUCUCCCCAAAUUGAAAAAUUGCAUCCGAAAGAUGCUCCUGGAAAGUCGCGAUACCACAUGCCAUUAUCGCCCGAUAUCUGUUCGGAUCCGAUUAAGAACAGCUGUUUUCCAAAAGCUGGUUUUCUAAAUAAUGCAAUGCCCUACGCUGCCCAUGUCAUAAAGUCAAGUUCACCUGCUUCAAGCACAGGAGAAUCAGUAUUUGCCCCAGAGUUUGCCAACCAAAUGCAAAUGGUUCAGAACCAACAAAUGCAUGCGAUGGCGCCUGGUGGUGACAUUAACUUUUACAGCUUUCCGGAUUUCAUUUCUGAUCAAGAGAAGAAUAUUUUGUCAGACACUGAAAAGCUGCUAAGGUCAAAAGAGAAUGAUAUGUACAGUAAUGAAUAUAAUCAUAUACACGAUGUGUUUGCUGUGCGCAAAUAUUAUCAUCCUUUAUUUGCUCAUGGCAUUUGCCGCUGGCCAGGUUGCGAAAUGGAUUUGGAAGACAUAGCUUCUUUUGUCAAGCAUCUGAAUUCGGAGCAUGGAUUAGAUGAUCGGUCCACAGCUCAAGCUCGUGUGCAAAUGCAAGUUGUUUCUCAAUUGGAAUCUCAUCUACAAAAAGAAAGAGAUCGACUACAAGCUAUGAUGCAUCAUCUCUACCUGUCCAAACAGCUGUUAUCCCCAACAAAAACAGAUAGAAAGGAUGUAACUGCGGCAGAUAUUAAUUUCUGCGGUGGAACUGCACCGAUUGUGAUAAAUAAUGUAGCUCGAAAUCUGUAUAGGUCACAUUCUCCUAAUUCGGUUAAUCUGCCCAUGGUUAACUCAACUAACAUAUCCACAAUGAAGAAAAGAAACCACGAGAAAAGUACUUUCUCAGUAACGGGUGGCCUACCUUAUAUGCUAGAGAGGGCAGGACUUGAUGUUCAACAUGAAAUACAACGGAAUAGAGAAUUUUAUAAAAAUGCUGAUGUUCGUCCUCCUUUUACGUAUGCUUCGCUUAUCAGACAAGCUAUAAUUGACUCUCCUGAUAAACAGUUGACCCUGAAUGAAAUAUACAAUUGGUUCCAGAAUACAUUUUGCUAUUUCCGGAGAAAUGCUGCCACUUGGAAGAAUGCAGUACGUCACAAUCUGUCGUUGCAUAAAUGCUUCAUGCGCGUUGAGAACGUUAAGGGUGCCGUUUGGACUGUAGAUGAAAUAGAAUUCUACAAGAGAAGACCGCAACGCACAGCAGCUGUUGCCAAUAAUUUGGCUGGUGUGAAAAAUUCGACGGAUAAUAAUUUUUAUAUCGCAUUAAACUUUGGGUAUGUGGGUGUCAAAUGCGAAUAUUUACUUUUAUUCUGGAUGCUUCUCUUUUAUCAUACUUUUAUAUGUAACCAUAGCUUUAAGAGAGUAUCUUUCAGUUUGUUAUACUUAAGAUCGUAUAUUUAAAAAGUUUUUAAACUUUAAGGUAUUAAACAACAGUAAAAGCAAACAAAAGAGCAAAGCUCGAAAGUGUUAUAUCCGGUGUUGUUAUGAUGGAAGUGUGCAAAUUAGAUUCAACGAUAAUUUUAAUCACGUCGUAACAUGGUGUGAAUUGAGCUAAAACAAGAAAAAUUCCGGCUAUCCCUAUCCCUUAACCAGAAUUCCGUUAUGUCUAUCUGUAUAUGACCCUGUCUGUCCGUCAUUUUUUCUGCCUGUCUGUCCGCCAUUUUGCCCGCACGUUCGUCUGCCAUCUUGUCCGCAUGUUUGUCCGAUAUCGUCCGACCCAGAGUACAAAGCUCUGCUGCGUUAAUUAUAUUGCUCACUAAUCUGGUUAAAUUGUGUAAACUCUAAAAACUAUUCAAAGUAUUUGGUAUGUAUGGAUAAAACAUAACAACCUGUCGUAGCAUAUUAUUUUAAUUAACAUACAUAUGUAUGUAAUAACAUAUGUACAUAUGUAUACUGAGUGCUCGAACGUCAUACGGAAUAUAAGAGAAUUGAAAACCAGUAUAAAAAAAUGUGAAAAUGGAAUCUAAUGUGCAAACUCUCUUGGAGUUAUUCUUCAAGUCCUCUGAAACUUUUAUUGCCUUGUCCGAUUGUCGUUCACCUAACUAUUUAUCUGGAUGUCUGAUUUGUCCGAUUGAUCACAGUGUUCUUUAUUUAUAGUUAUAG